GCGAGCCGCAGAAGCUUAAAGACCGCUUCGUAAAGCUGAAAAACUACGCAAACUUGAAGAGGAGCAAUUGGCGAUGGCUAAGGUUGUGGAAGUCCAGCUGUUCGUGAGAUUGAGAGACAUCCGUGAGGAGAUAAAAACCGAGGUUCGUAAGGCGUUGACGAGUAUAAUGUUGAAGAGUCAACUGACAACGACCGUGAACACCAAGGAUAAAGAAAAGGCGGUUGCGGUUGAAGAGCCACCGUCUGCACCAGGGAGUGAGGUGGAGGCCAUAACAGAGGGAACGGGCAAGUUGUCUAUUCAGGAGAAGAGGAAACGGGGCGAGGACACACCAGUGGGGGACAGCCCUCCGGUGGUUACCCCUGCUAAACUGGAGCAAUUACUGAUGGCUAAGGCUAUGGAAGUCCAGCUGUCCGUGAGAUUGGGAAACAUCCGUGAGGAGAUAAAAACCGAGGUUCGUAAGGCGUUGACGAGUACAAUGUUGAAGAGUCAAGUGACGACGACUGUGAACACCAAGGAUAAAGGAAAGGCAGUCUGGGUUGAAGAGCCACCGUAUGCAUCAGGGACUUCAAGUGAGGUGGAGGCUAUAACGGAGGGAACGGGCAAGCUGUCUAUUCGGGAGAAGAGGAAACGGGGCGAGGACACACCAGUGGGGGACAGCCCUCCGGUGGUUACCCCUACUAAACGUACCAGCAAACGAACUGGCGUUCGCCCGUUGCGCCUGUCGGAGCGUCUGCAGCGAACUCGUACGAAGAUUGCAGUUCGGCGGUCAACCCGUGGAACAGCUACCAAGACACUCACCGCUAUGAAGCCUCCUACCAGGGAUAUGAUGAUCGAACGAAUGUUUUUCCUUGAUAACGCUCGAAAGGAGCUAUCUACUCUGGACUACGACACGCUGCGUAGGAUUUGCCGCGAGGAAGGCGUCAGCUAUAGUACUAAGGUACAGGCGAUUUUUGAUGUAGCCGAUCGACGGGCGCAGGUGAUAUGUGGUCAGUCGCUACCCGAUUUCGGUGUUUCCGAGAACUUGGAAGACCAGGCGGCACAAUCUGAGGAGCAAUUGGCGAUGGCUAAGGCUAUGGAAGUCCAGCUGUCCGUGAGAUUGGGAGACAUCCGUGAGGAGAUAAAAACCAAGGUUCGUAAGGUGUUGACGAGUACAAUGUUGAAGAGUCAAGUGACGACGACCGUGAACACCAAGGAUAAAGGAAAGGCUGUUGGGGUAGAAGAGCCACCGUCUGCAUCAGAGACUUCAAGUGAGGUGGAGGCGAUAACGGAGGGAACGGGCAAGCUGUCUAUUCGGGAGAAGAGGAAACGGGGCGAGGACACACCAGUGGAGGACAGCCCUCUGGUGGUUACCCCUGCUAAACGUACCAGCAAACGAACUGGCGUUCACUCGUUGCGCCUGUCGGAGCGUCUGCAGCAAACUCGUACGAAGAUUGCAGUUCGGCGGUCAACCCGUGGAACAGCUACCAAGACACGCACCGCUAUGAAGCCUCUUACUAGGGAUAUGAUGAUUGAACGAAUGGUUUUCCUUGAUAACGCUCGAAGGGAGCUAUCUACGCUGGACUACGACACGCUGCGUAGGAUUUGCCGCGAGGAAGGUGUCAGCUAUAGUACUAAGGUACAGGCGAUUUUUGAUGUAGCCGAUCGACGGGCGCAGGCGAUAUGUGGUGAGUCGCUACCCGACUUCGGUGUUUCCGAGAACUUGGAAGACCAGGCGGCACAAUCUGGUAACGACGACAACGAUGACGAAGGACGUAACUGAAUAUGGCUAACCACUGUCCAAUGGGUCAUUGUCACCGACGUCAUCGCAUCGUUCCGCCGAGAAGCUGACGAUAACCUUGAUGAGAUUUACUGUCUUUCGGCUCUUUUGUUUGCUCUACGUGCCGGCUUCGAUGGCUUAAUAAAUGUGUCGAUUCUUG